CAAAAGCAGCUUUUGUUACCAGGAAGUAGGUCGAGUUAUUUAUAUUUCAACACUUGUCCUGCAGGACUUACAAGAGGGCGGGUGGUUGUAACUUGAAACUUUGUCAAAAUAUCAUCCUGUUCUUCACACGACCCAGGGGGCGCUGGGAUGAAGAUCCAUGAGAAACUUUUAACUCAUUACCUGUCCUGCCCUUCACCUGUCGAUAAAGAGGGAUAUCUCUUUAAAAAGAGGGAGCGAAACACCUCGUACCAGAGACGCUGGUUUGUUUUAAAGGGAAACCUGCUCUUCUACCAGGAACGGCCAGCGGAUCGCCACUUGCUGGGGGUCAUCGUUUUGGAGGGCUGCACUGUGCAGCCCAAUCUACCGGAAGGCCAGCACUGUUUCUCGCUGGUGUUCACAGGCCUUGGACUGAGGACCUACAGGCUUGCAGCAGAGGAUUGCCUAAGCCAGGAGAGUUGGGUCCAUGCCCUUCACUCUGCCAGCCACACCUGCCUGUCAGUGCUGGUGAAGGAGCUGGGCAGGCUGUACGAAGAGGCUAAAAGAGCCUCUGGUGAAUCCACUCAGUCCUCUGCUUUGGCAGGAAAAGGACUCAACCAAUCGAUGGCCACGUAUAAUCCAGGGUCCUCGUACUACCUGCAGGGCAAAGGGCCAGCCAUGAGAGAUGCGUGGGCUCACGGUCGCAGCCACACACUUCCGGCCCCUCAGGUCGCCGUCAAAGCCACCAGUAAGAGGUCCCCCAAACUCUGGCCCAAAAGAAACGCACUUGUCACACCCUUAAAUGGUCCUGCACCAACCUACGGGGAGUGGCCUUUAGUGGGCUCAGAUACAUUAGAGGAUUUCAGCAAACUACACGAGCACUAUGGCAUAGAGGUGAGGCAGCUGAAAGCUGAUUGGCUGAGAAAGAAACGUGAGGAGGCAGGACACAUUGAGGAGGACCUGAUUGAUCUUGGAUAAGCGAAAAAAUGGCGGCAUUUGGCAACUGUAACAUGAGGAACUGCCCCUUCCCUUUUCAUCAUAUCCUCUAUUGUUUCUCCAAAACCUUUUCAGGGAGGCUUGACCUUGCGUUUUCCCCCUCACAUGUUUUCAAAUAAGAGAUGGUGUCAUCUUCAUUGUGUUUAUAGCCACAAACCUGCUCGGGUCGGUACACCAUUAAAGAGAAGUGAAUUAGCCUAUAUGGGACUGUUGUUAUGCUCUCUGUUUAAGCCACAUACAUUGAUGUGGGUUAAAUUGAGAACACGAGUGUUCAUAUGGCACAGACAGGAGAGCGGUCAAGCAUAAGACUCAGGGCCUUUUGAAUGAAUAAUUCACAGCGUCGCUGUCCAAACAUGACUCCCCUUAUCUACUCUGGUUCUCUCUCCCUUGCCAGGGAUUUUUCUGUUUUCUACUUAAUCUGAAAACAUCUAUCUUUUUGUUAGGUGAUAAGAUGGUAUUACCUCCAGUACAAUAUACACUCGCAAUACACAUACUAAAUGUAUGUUUUAAGCAAAACCUAUGUGGCCAUACAAAGCCCCCCGAAGGAACUAUUGCAAGGUGUGCUUUGUUUUCUGUGAAAUGAUUUCUACUCUGUAGUGGCACAACAUUAUCAAUUCAUCCUGGAUUGCAAAUAUGGACUUUUUGAUGUGCACUUUCUUAUUUAUGGCCUUGAUCCUGUUGUUAGACUUCCGAACAUAGGACACAACAUGGAAUACUUUUGUUAUAGUGGGAUAAUGCAUGGUCUGAUAAAGCUUAAUUGGAUUGGAUUGAAUUGAAUUAGUUGGUCCACAAAUAAAGCGUACUGUAGAAAUUGGACCAUCAGGUAUUGAUAGCAAUGUUUGACGCACAAGCAAAAAUGUAAAAAGCUUUUCUCUCCAAAACAUUUUUGCCUCUGGUGUGAUGAAUUAAUAUGCACAAUGUGGUUUGGGUUUGAUUGCCAAAAUGGGAUGGUGAAGGAAAAUAUAAAUUACAUGUAUGUUUUAUGCAGAUGUUGUGCUGAAUAUUUUCAUAGUAAAAAUCAUUUUAAAAACCUAAA